ACAGAUUUCCUUGUUUAUUUAUUAAAAAAAUAAUAUCCAACUAACCUAAAAAUUGUGGUGGGUAAGAUUUCAGAUUACCAACAGGUAUUUUAGUAGACACAUUUUCCAAAAUAAUGACGGACGCAGAGGAUGAGAAACCAUUUUAUAUUGAUCGUGCUAAGACUGGGAGAUCUUCUUGUCAAAAAUGCAAACAGAAAAUAGAUGCUACUUCAUUAAGAUUGGCUAAGACAGUCUUCAAUCCAUUUGGAGAUGGAAAAAUGAAACAAUGGCAUCAUGUCGAAUGUAUGUUUGAGAAAUUCAAAAAGCAGAGAGCCAGUACGGUUAAGAUAGAACAUCCAGAUGAUAUUGGAAACUGGGAUAACAUAAGUGAUGAGGACAAAGAAGAAAUUUUUGGUUAUCUUCCUGACAGUGCUCGCAUACCUAAAACGCCAAAAAAGGUCGAUACCAGCAACCAGAAAACUAGUCCAAAAAAGACUCAGAGUCCAAUAUCCUCGAGUGCUCAGUUGUCAGCUGUGUCCAGUCAAGCGCCUGCUGAGGCCAGUAAGAAGGCCAGCAAAGAUGACUUGUUCAGGGAGUUCAGGCGGCUGUGUGCUGACAUUGCCAAUGCUAGCAGCUAUCUCGCCAAAACCGCGCGCGUCAAGGAGCAGUUCACCAAGGGAGCGCAAGGCGAUGGUUUUAAAGGGGAUAUUAUUCUAUGGUGUCGCCUCUUGCUGCCUGGCUUUAUCAAGCGAGUGUACAAUUUACGGUCUAAACAGCUUAUAAAACUUUUUAGCAGGCUAUUUAAACAGAAUUAUGAUGAGAUGCUCGUAGACCUUGAGAAAGGCGAUGUAGCUGAAACGACUAGAAUAUUUUUUGAGAAGAGCUCUGUCUGUAUUCCUUCGAAGAAAAGUCUUCUCACUCUGCAGGAAGUUGACGAAUUUCUUGAAGAUCUUACAAAACUAACGAAAGAAGAUGAUCAGUUAGCACAUUUUAAAUCUAUUGCUGGAAGUUGCACUUCAAAUGACCUCAAAAUGAUUGUUCGACUUGUGAACCACGAUCUGAGAAUCAAUGCCGGAGCAAAACACAUAUUAGAAGGUGUUCAUCCAGAUGCUUAUCAAGCUUUCCAGGCAUCACGAGAUCUGCCUUCUGUUUUGAAUAGGCUGUUGAAUGUGCAGCCGCAGACAACUUGCAGCUCCCAGCAGCCCAACACAAAGGAUGCUUCGGCCAUUUCCAUUUCGGUCAUGACUCCAGUUCUACCAAUGCUGGCUGAAGCAUGUAAAUCCGUUGAACAAGCAAUGAAGAAAUGUCCGGAUGGGAUGUAUUCUGAGAUCAAGUAUGACGGAGAAAGAGUUCAAGUGCAUAAACAUGGCAGUGAAUUUAGAUAUUAUUCCCGUAGUCUUAAACCUGUAUUGCCACAUAAGGUGAAUCAUUUCAAAGAUUAUAUUCCGAAGGCAUUUCCACUUGGCAAUGAUUUGAUUCUUGACAGCGAGAUUUUAUUAAUUGAUAUUGAGACCUCCAAACCUUUGCCAUUUGGAUCAUUGGGCAAACACAAGAAAAAUGAGUUCAAAGAUGCAUGCGUCUGCUUAUUUGUUUUCGACUGUCUUUAUUAUAACAAUCAAUCCCUAAUGAAAAAACCUUUGAAAGAACGCAAGCGUAUUCUACGUGAAAACAUGAAAGAAAUACCAAAUCGAAUCGUGUUCUCUGAAAUGGAGGAGAUAAGUGAGCCGAAAGAUCUUGAAAAAAUGAUGACGAAGGUAUUUCGACUUGGACUGGAAGGCCUGGUUCUCAAAAAUGUCAUGGGAAUUUAUGAGCCUGGCAAACGUCACUGGCUGAAGGUGAAAAAGGAUUACCUGUUCGGAGGAGCAAUGGCCGACUCGGCUGACUUGGUUGUGUUGGGCGCAUGGUACGGAACAGGAAACAAAGGUGGUAUGAUGUCGGUGUUCCUGAUGGGCUGCUACGAUCCUCGAAUGAAGCGGUGGGUGACAGUGACCAAGGUGCAUGGAGGCCACGACGACAAGACACUCGAGAGUCUGCAAACCGAACUGGACAUGGUCAAGAUCAGCAAGGACCAGACCAAAGUGCCCGAUUGGCUCAACUGCACUAAAACCAUGGUGCCAGACUUUGUUGCAAGAGAUCCAAAAGCUCAGCCAGUGUGGGAAAUACAGGGAGCCGAGUUUACACAACAUGAGGUUCAUACAGCAGCCGGCAUUUCUAUUCGUUUUCCGCGAGUCACUCGCAUCCGGUCAGAUAAAGACUGGCAGACAGCGACCAGUCUACCAGAACUCAAGGUGCUGUUCAAGAAAUCGAAAGAAAAUUCCGACUUCACACUUCUUGGUAAGCAGAGAUCACCUAGUCCAUCAACAUCUUCUGCAGUCAAGAAGCCUCUUCCUCCUUCUCCGACUUCGUCCAGUUGUUCGCCUGCUAAAAGACGAAAGCAAGAAGUUUCCGACGAUGAAGACAUUCCUCCAAGAGAUAUAGAGCGUGGCCGAAAGAAGCGAAAGCCGGACAGUGAACCGUCAGAAAAGGAGAAGAUUAUGAGAUUCAAUAGGAUAAAGAAGCCUCUUCCGGAUGUCUUUGUGGGUGUGAAACUACAUGUUUCAGAAACAGCAAGCAUUGAAGACAGAAGGCUCCUGGAGAGAUAUUUUGUAGCUUUUGGUGGGAAACUAGUGAACGGAUCGUUGGAAAGAGCGACACACACCGUGGUCUCGGAAGAGGGAGAAGGAGAGGACUGCAACGACAUUUCGGGUCAGCCCAUUGUGGUCGACUGGCUGUGGGACUCAAUCAAAUUGAAAAAGCUACAAAAUGUAUCCUUAUACAAACCAUCCUGGGUCUCAUGAUUCACUAGCUGAUUAUUUAUUCGAUAAUAAAAUUGUUAAUUUAUUUGCCAACUACCUAAUUUAUCAUUCAACUACACUGAAUAUAAUUCAUUCUCAAAUAGUUGAAUUCAAAUUUCAAAGAAUCGCUUUAACCUUGUCUUAAAAAGAAUUAUUUGGAAACAGUCGGAAUUUUAAAAUUGUACUUUAAAAAAUAGCAAUUAUUUUUAAUAAGGUACUAAGGCCCGGUUGCACAAAAGUCAGUGAAAUUUAAAUCGUGAUUAAUUUCAUGAGAACCAAUUAGAGAAGACUUUUUCGAGAAAUAGGCUUCUCUAAUCGGUUCGUGAAAUUAAUCACGAUUAAUCUACGUUUCACCUCUCUCUCUCCAUUCUGUCUCUGAAGAAGUUGAUAUGUUCAAGAUGAACAGUCUUGUCAGCAGCCUACCUUAGUAGGCGACCAAUUUGUCAUAUUUAAUAAUGGCGAAUCUCACAUCUUUUCUUGCUUCCAAUCUUUUUCUCUCUUAGACUUCUCCUAAUUCGUUGAAAAUCUUCCUGAUAGUCCUCUGAAAUUAAGAUAUUCGAGCCUUUAAACUUUUUACUGUUUUCCAGAAUUCCUAUUCUCCUUCUCCUUCUAGUAAUUAAUGAAAGUAGAAUAGGUCUUAUAUAAUUUCCUUUUUCUCCUGAUAGAAUCCACCUCGAUAUCAUCUAUCUGAACAUUGAGUUUUCUUUGAUCAACUCAACAACUGUGCAGAACAAAUCUCUUAAGAGAUACUUUAUUUGAGAGAACUUUAUUAGUUGAAUUGCUUUUAUCUAAGAUAACUUAACGAGAAAAUACUUUAGAGAAAUUUUCUUAGUUAAAAUACUUUAUUUAAGAUAACUAAAUUACAUCUAAAUAAAUAGCUGAAAAGAUCAUUCAUUCGGUUUUAUAUUAAUUCAUCUCACUGUUUAACUUAACAAGAUUGGAUUUAUGAAUAAAUAGACCAUGUCUAAUAUAAUCUAAUUUAUGGUGUCAACAUUUCAUUCUUCAAACAUUCAACUAUAAUAUGUAAUAAUCUGUUAGGUUUAAGACUGAGAAGAUCAUCCAAUUCCUUUGGCAAGUUGUGAAAAUCACCAUAGAUUGCUUUGGAAUGCAUGCUGACUUGAACAACCUGAGAUAGACGUAUGAGGCAGUCAUCAAGUUUUUCGUGCGAUGUUCCCAGUUCUAUAACGGUUUUUAUUCUCUCUAUGAUGAAAAUAAAUGUGCUUGCUGGAAUCAAUUUCCUGUUGAAGCCUUCUCUCAACUUCACUAACGAUCCACAAACUGAAUUAUGCAAUUUCACAAAUAGUUGUUGAGAUUUUUCGUUGUCCUCGUAAAGAGACGAUAGCACAAUCCAUUUCACUAAAACUGGAUAAGGGGAAAGAGUUGAACACAUUGUUUGACCAAUUGUCGUAGGCCUAGGCUGUUUGUUGUCAACAUCAAUCAUAGAUGUAAGCUGCGAGCUGUACUUUUCUAUCCAUUCUAUGAGCACUUCCAAGAUAAUGUUUGGUACGUUUGUCCAUUUUGAAGUGCCGUCUAUCCGACCAUACAUUUCAGUUACUGUUCUUAUGAAAAUAUUACAAAACGUGGGAACGGAUAAGGGUAGCGUCUUCAAUUUACCAAUAUUAUCUGGGUAGAGGAAUAUGAAAUCAUAAAUGGUGCGAUCCACAAUAAGAGAACAAAAUUCAGAAGUUACUGAUAACUGACACCCCAGGAUUGAGGUUAGAAAUAAAAUGUCUGCGUUAUCAACUGAUAUAGCCAUGGAAACUAGCUUAGCAAGUAUCUGCCAUCGUUUUGAAUGUUCGGCACUGAAAAGAGUGAGAAAUACAGCUAUCUUUGUAAUGUUUUCUGAUGAAGAGCUGAAAUAAUCGAAUAAAUGAAUUAGAAGUUUGAAUUGUUGUGAGUGAUAUGAUGGGUUGUAGACGAACAGCAAUUGUCUUUGGUUAGCGGCACAAUGAGUCAGUUCGCAAAUCAUUUCACAGGCGCGGUUCACAUGGAAAGCUCUCUCUUGGCUGUUUGUCACAAAUUCCUUCAUUUUAUUAACAGCUUCUGUAUCAGAGUAGGAAGACAAUACGUUUUUCAUUGAUGUUAAAAUUUCGUCUUCCACUUUUGAAAACUGUAGUUCUCUUGUUGAAAAAAUUGAGAGUUCAUUAUUUCUAUCCAUUUUUGCGUUUCUAAAACAAAAAAUAGCAUUAUUCAAAACCUAUGUGAAUCAGAUUUAGGUGUGGCUUUUAUAGAAUAUAAUUUAAGAAAAAUUCUACUCUCAGAAAGCUCUAUCAAUGUUACGUUUUCUAUAAUACAAAAAUAUUAACGGAUUUCCUGUUAAAAAAAUCAAAAGAACCAUUUAAGCAAUAAAAAAUUGACAGUUCUUCAUAGUCAAUCUGAAAUUAGUAUGUAAGAUUUAAUUUGCAAGAAAUGUGCAUUAUACAGAGUGUUUUUAAAUGAAUAUCGGGGUUUAAACAACUAAUAUUUGUUACGAAAAUAUUUAUUCUUCCGGUCCGUGGAUCGGUGUGUUACUCAGAAAGGGGUCCAUUUGGAGAAUAGUAAUAUUCUUGAAUAACAAUUUCAAAAGUGAAGCUGUAUGUUUUUCAUCAAAAUUUAUGACAAUUAUACGAUGAUAACUGUACACUGUAUUCCGAAUGAUGAAAAAAUGUCAUUUGAAAGAAAAAUUAAACCUUCCUAACCUACCUUUGAACCUUCAAAACAUCAUAGUCCAGUCACUAUAUACAUUGGUGAUUGCAAUAUAU